AUGGGUGUGCUACAGCCUCGUGGGCGGCGUGACUCGCGCGCUUCGGUCCUGUCACAUCGCAAUUGGGGCUUCGACCGCGAACUCGAUGUUGCGAUCGCUCCGGACUCACUGGUGGAACACGCCAAUGCAAAUCUAGGCAGCUCGCCUGGUGCCGGCAUGGAGGCGUCGAGCUAUAAUGGAUCUAGCCUCAGGACUCCUAGUCGAUCAUUCUUCCAUCGCUCAUUCAAUACACCGACAGACACAGCACACUAUGCAUCUGACGGCCUGCGGGAACAGACAGCGGAGCUGGCAACUUACGGCCUGUCCCUCAAUAAGAAACCCUCGCGUGGAAGGACAAGCUUGCCUGUCUGUCUAGACAUCUUUCAAAGCAAGCAUUCCCCCGGAAUCUCGCACGAUGGUAGCGCGAGCUCCUAUCCGACACUGGAGGAGGAUUCGUUAGGGUCGGAUGCUGUCCUCCUCGAUCCUGCCUCUGCAUCAGCUUCUUCGGCCUUGACCGCAAUGAUUCGCCAGCCUUCCCCAGAACCUGUCGACGACGAUGCUUUAGAAGAUACCUCUUUCCCCCCACUGCCGACAAUCCAGGAUGAACCCGAGCCACAAGACACGGAGAGAACGUCGCUAUUAUCCAAGACUUGUUCUAAGUCCCCUCAUAAAUAUGGGACAGUAGGAGAUAUCGAGAAUCAGGCUCUACCUACCCGCAGACCUGCCAAUGUCAUCACCGAGGGGGUUUCCAACCUGGAGAAGUAUUCUCGCAUCCUUGUCAACCCAAAAUCAUGGGACAGGCGAGCGAUAUGGGAAGAGGGAGUGGUCUACCCUGCCUCUCUACUUCCAGCGGUGCUCCUCGGACUUUUGCUUAACAUUCUCGAUGCCCUGUCCUACGGCAUGAUUCUAUUUCCUCUCGGCGAGCCGUUGUUCGCCCAUCUUGGCUCAGACGGAAUCUCGAUGUUCUACGUUAGCACGAUCAUCUCCCAGGUGGUCUUCUCCUGUGGCGGCUCGAUCUUCAAGGGUGGCAUCGGAAGUGAGAUGAUUGAAGUAGUCCCAUUCUUUCACCAAAUGGCCUUCGCCAUCAUGAACCGAGUGGGCAAGGAUAACCCACAAUCAGUCAUCGCCACCACCAUUCUGGCGUUCUCCGUCAGCUCGGUUCUGACAGGCCUGGUGUUCUUCCUAAUGGGCGCGUGUGGACUGGGCUCGCUGAUUGGGUUCUUCCCUCGCCAUAUCCUUAUUGGCUGCAUUGGUGGCGUGGGAUAUUUUCUCUUGCAAACAGGGGUCGAGGUUUCUGCCCGGCUACCUGGCUCACUUGAAUAUAACAUCGCAACUCUACAAAAGCUUUUCCAACUUGACACGUUUCCGUUGUGGAUUGUUCCGCUCUUCCUUGCGAUUGGUCUUCUUGUUUUGAAGCGUUUUCUUCGGUCAAACUUCCUUGUCGGCGGAUACUUUAUUGGCGUGGCAGUUGUGUUUUACAUUGUCAUCUUGAGUGCUCGUGUUUCUAUGGAUAACUUGCAUCACAAGGGAUGGGUCUUUGACGCACCCUCGUCGAACAAUCCCUGGUAUCAUUUUUACACUCUCUAUGAUCUUUCUGAGGUCAACUGGACGGCCUUUGCCGAUACAAUCCCGGCUAUGUUUGCCUUGACCUUCUUCGGUGUACUUCACGUGCCUAUCAAUGUACCAGCUCUGGGUAUCUCCACCGGAGAAGACAACCUUAAUGUCGACCGAGAGCUCAUGGCGCACGGCGUGACUAAUGCCGUUUCUGGAUUUGCUGGCAGUAUUCAAAACUACCUUGUAUAUACAAACAGUCUACUGUUCAUUUCCAGCGGUGGUGACUCCCGGUUAGCUGGUCUCAUGCUGGCUGUUGCAACAGCUGGAGUCCUUGUCAUUGGCCCCGUCAUUAUUGGGUUCAUUCCAGUCAUGGUCGUCGGUGCCUUGAUAUUCUUGCUCGGCAUUGAGCUCUUACAAGAAGCACUAGUUGAUACCUGGGGAAAGCUCACGCGGCUUGAAUAUCUUACUGUUGUCAUCAUCGUGGUCACCAUGGGCGCAUGGGACUUCGUGGUGGGUAUCUUGGUUGGAAUCAUACUAGCAUGUGUGAACUUUGUGGUUCAAACAUCUCGCAAAUCAGCAAUUCGCGCGACCUUUUCCGGAGAAAUCGCAGGAUCGACGGUUCGCAGGCCUCCGAUUCAGCAACAGUUCCUGCACGAAGCUGGCCAGCAGACUCUCAUCAUGAAACUUGGUGGCUACUUAUUCUUCGGCACAAUUGUCAAUGUGGAGAAUACCAUGCGAGGCUUGAUAGAAGAGGACGCCUUCAACCAGCAGCCCAUCCGAUUUUUAAUUUUGGAUUUCUCCAGGGUUUACGGGUUGGACUUCUCGGCUGCCGAGGCCUUUACUCGAAUCAAUCGUAUCCUGCGCAAGCGCAACGUGCAGACCACGAUUUCUGGCCUAAAUAUCGAUGGAGAUGUCGGUAAGAGCCUCCAGAACGUCGGCCUCUUCGAACCCGAGUCCGGCGUACCGAUUUUCGAAGACCUCAACUCAGCCCUUGAAUUCUGCGAGAACGAUUACCUCAAGAUCUUCUAUAGUCGCCAAGAAGCCCUCCUCCGCAAACCUAUCGAAGCCACUUCGAACUCCUCCACCACCAACACCCUUCAUGUCCCCCUUCCAGUCCCCCAGGUUCCGAAUGCCAGCCUCUCCGAGACUAUCGUCAGCUCUCCACGUGGGCAAUACCUCCAGCGGGUUGCAACAACCACAAUCCGGGAGCACGAGCAAGAGACCGCUAUGAUGGCCGCACCGGCCUGGUCCUCCAUGCGCCAGCCCCUCCCCCUCCUCCUGCAGACAUUCCAAGGCCUCUCAAGCCAGAACGAAGACUUCUGGUUCCCCGUCUGUGCCUACUUUUCGCGCGAGUCCUAUCCGGCCGGGACCGUGCUAUACCAUGAAGGCGACGUUCCUCGUGCCUUCUACCUUCUGGAGUCAGGCAUGCUCCGCGCUGAGUACGAUCUUCCGCAGGGCCGGUAUUUCGAGCUUGUCGUUGCCGGCCGGCCGUGCGGCGAGCUACCGUUCUUCAGCGACACACGUCGCACGGCAACAGUCAAGACGGAACACGAUUGCGUGGCCUGGUGCCUGAGUGAUGAUCGGUGGAAGGCGCUGCAAGAAGCAGAGCCGCGUAUUGCACGGGAGCUCCUGACUGUUAGCUUGAAGCUAACGACGGAGCGGAUGGAUAGUAUUACUUCGUACGUUUUGACGAUGGCGGCUUAG